AUGAUCAUUCCUCCUUCUAUCCGGUCUAUCAUGACCGCUGCGGCUGCGCUAUCAUCAACUGACACAAAGAUAUCUCGGUCUGAAACCAACAUCAACACCAACACUCUCACACCACGUGCCAUCAACGCAAAUUAUGCAAACGCAGCAACCUCCGCCAUCACUGCUCUCGACGGCUUCUACAUGAAAGACUCCUUCCGAUGGAAGAACAUCGGCGGCUGGAUAGCCGCCAACGUAUACAACGACAUCAUGGAUUUCGACCUCUGGUCCAAGACAAAGAAGUACGAAUCCACCUAUGGUGCCUCCCUCCUCACCAUCGCCACUUCAACCGCUGCUCAGCAAAAAGCAGGCAGUACAAACGACUUCAACGAUGAUCAGCUCUGGUGGUGUCUUGCCAUGAUCCGCGCCUACCAGAAUUACGGACACCGCGAGCUCCUCGACCAAAGUAUCAAGCAGUGGCGAGCCAUCAGCGCCAACGCUCAGAUCUUCAAGUCAGACCAGGGGACUAAAGUCAGUAAAGGCGGUAUCGAUCGCGAUACUCCUAUUCCAGCAAACUGCGACAUCGAUGGUGCAGUGUAUUGGGCUUCGCACGAAGACUCUGGAUUGAAUGCCAUCUCGACCAGUCUUUUCGCACAGGUCGGUGCGUGGCUUCUUGCUAUUACUGGAGAUGCGUCGUUUCGUGGUCCGACGGAUAGUGCGAUUAACUGGUUGCAACGGAUGAUGCUGGAUAAGAAGACUGGGAUUAUGAAUGUUGAUGCUUUGAUGGCUGGAGGAUGCACCAAAAAUCCUGGCUCGCUUACCUACAAUACGGGAACUUAUAUCGGCUCUCUGACAUCGCUGUAUAUGACUACCGGCGAGGCGAAAUAUCUCGAUGCAGCGACUCUAUCGGUGACAUCAUCCGUCACCGGCGGCUUUGGCAAUAAUCCUCCGUUGGUCAUCGACCAGCAAGCCGAUCUGACUACCAACGGUGACGGAGUCCAGUGGCGCGACGUGCUGUUUCGGAACAUCGCUGACUUCUAUACCACUGUUGGUAGUAGAGGUAAAGUGAGCGAUGACUUGAAGGGCAAGAUCGCUGCAUUUUUCAAGGCGAACUAUGAUCAGAUCCAGAGCAAGGCGAAGUUUGGUAAUCUGUAUGCAGCGAACUGGUAUGGGAAGGUGAAAGAGGGGUCGGAUUGGGGGACUGGAAGUGUGUUGGGGAAUUUCAUUGGGUCGAUGUUGGUUCUUUGA